CGCGUCUUGAUCUGCCCGUCCGGGUUCAAAGAAAGCCUCCAGCCGGGUCAAGUCGCAGACUGCAUCGAAGCUGGCGUCUUACGAGCGCUACCAGACGCAAUCGUCAUCAAAGCCCCGAUGGUCGACGGCGGCGAAGGUUUCACUGAGGCUCUGGUCGCCACGACCAUGGGCGAGACGCACCACAUUGAUGUCACUGGUCCCGUCAGGAAGACCAUAUCCUCUCAUUUUGGAUUCCUGGGCAACGCUGAGACUCCGACAGCAGUCGUGGAAAUGGCCGCAGCGGCAGGUCUGAGCAUCGUUCCGACUGAUCAGAGGAACCCUCUUCACACCACAACCUUUGGGGUUGGCGAACUCAUCGCUUCAGCCCUCGACGCCGGAGCUGAGAGAAUCCUAGUAGGAUGCGGCGACUCAGGCACGGGCGACGGCGGGAUAGGUAUGGCGCAAGCUCUCGGGGCUCGAUUCUACGACUCCAGAGAUCGAGAACUCCCUGCUGGAAUGGGAGGCGCAUCUUUGACAGACUUUGCCUCGGCUGAUCUUUCCGGUCUUCAUCCACGCCUCAAGGUCGCGAAAAUCGACGUCGCUUGCAAUUGGCAUAACGUUCUCUGCGGGCCCAAGGGUGUCGCCCGUGUCUUUGGUCCACAGAAAGGCGCGAAUCCGGAAGAGGUCGAGGUGAUGUCUAUGGCUAUGGACAACGUGGCGAGCGUUGUUGGUAAGGCCCUGGACAAGGACAUAUCUCUCGCGCCCGGAAGUGGUGCUUCUGGCGGAAUGGGAGCUGGCCUCAUGCUCAUCGGUGCCACGCUUUAUCCGCGCUUCGACAUCAUCACCAAGUUCCUCAACAUUGAGACGCUGGUGCAGGACACUGAUCUAGUGUUCACUGCAGAGGGCGGUAUUGACUUCCAGACGCCUCGAGGCAAAGUGCCGAGCGAAGUCGCCCGCAUCGCAAAGCUUCGCGCCGUGCCAGUCAUCGCCCUGGCUGGAACCGUCGGAGAAGGAGCGGAGACGAACUAUGAGGCUGGCAUUGAUGCAUACGCCUCCAUCCUGCAAGGCCCGUCGACUCUGACCAAAGCGAUAGCGGAUGCAGAGAGAUUAUUAACCGACGCUGCUGAGAGUGCGAUGCGCAUGGUGAUGGUUGGGCGAGCGCUCAUGACUUCUGAAAACAUGCCGCCGCGCGCCGAAGUGGCACAGACCAACAAGGACGAGGUUGACGUCGUGGUGCCUGCGAAGCGUCGUGAGGACAGUCCGAAGAGGAAGCAGUUGAUUUCCCAAGUCACGUAUCGUCUUAGCGUUCGAGCAUUCUCUUACUAG